AGUAUGCAGAAGAAGACCUCAUCUGGAGUCCUGUGUCCAAGAUACCAAGCGAGUCCUGCCUAGAUCUGAUAGCUGCAAAGCCCCAUGGGAUUAUGUGCAUCCUGGACGACCAGACUUUACUAUCACAGGCCACAGACCACACCUUCUUGCAGAAGUGCCAUUACCAUCAUGCCAACAGUCCUUGGUAUGUCAAGCCGAAGAUGCCUUUGCCUGUCUUCACUGUGCAGCAUUAUGCAGGACCAGUUACCUACCAGGUCCACAAGUUUCUGAAUAAAAACCACGAUCUGUUACGCCCAGAGGUCCUGGAGAUAUUUUCCCACAGCCACCACAAGCUGGUGUCCCAUCUUUUUGAGAAAGUGAAGGAACAGCAGAUGAACCAGAGAGAACCGGGAAGUGGAACUAGAGCCCAAGGGCCGAUGCAUCAAGCUUCUACAUUAGUGUCUAGAUUCCAGCACUCCUUGCAAGAUCUCACAGCUAAACUAGACAGGAGCCACAUUUUCUUUGUUCGGUGCAUCAAACCUAAUUCCAAAAAGGUGCCAAACAUCUUUGAUACUGAAUACGUGGCUUCUCAGCUAAGGCAUUCUGGGAUUUUGGAGGCCAUAUGCAUCAGGAAAGAAGGCUAUCCCAUCCGCCUUCCAUUCCGCCAUUUCCUAAUCAGGUAUGGAGUCCUGGCUGGCCGAGGGCAGAACUCCUUGCAGGAGAGAGAUGGCUGUGCCGUAGUGCUUUCACAGGUGGUGGGAGAUCUCUCGGAGCUCUAUCAGAUUGGAGUCACCAAGGUGUUCUUGAAGGAAAAAGCGAGGCAGAUGCUAGAGAGAAGAUGGAAUCAAAAGCUGAGCUGGGCGAUUGUUACCCUUCAACGCAAUCUCAGAGGCCUCAUCAACCGUAGGCGGUUCCAGGUCUUCAAGGAGAAGGCCUUGGUCAUCCAGGCUCAUUUCCAGGGUUACCUGGCAAGGAAACGGUACCAAAGGUUGAAGAAGACCCUGAUGCGGUUUGGUGUGGCUAUGCUCGUCUCUAGACCACUGGCUCAUAAGAGGAGGCAAUACCAGGAUGUUCGACGGCUGGAAAUCCCUGCUGAACUUGCUGCCCUACUCCGUUUGGCUGAAGAUCGCCACCAUGCCCAAAUUAAUCAGGUCACAGAAGUCUCCCCUCCGGAAGUUAAAGCAAAGGCUGAUCUCUCUCUGCCGCCUGACAUCAAUAGCUUUCCAUUCUCUGCGUUCAUAAGGUCACAUUUCCAGGAAGCGGGUUUCCCUGCCCUUGGGCAGCCCCUGCAACAGCCUUUGACCAGACUGGAUGGUGAGCAGAGGCAAAGUGCUCUGCAGCUCAACAAAGUGAUCCUGCGGUUCAUCAAUGACAAAGACCUGCAGGACUGGCAAGAAAGGCUCCUGGGGAACUAUAUAGCGAGUCGAGGGCUGGCCAGCCCCUUCCUGCGCAAUGAGCUGUUGAGCCAGGUGGCCAGUCAGGUGUGGAAGAACCCAGACCUGGAGCAAGGCCAACGAGGUUGUGUGUUGAUGGCUGCCCUCCUGGGCACUUUCCCCCCUUCUCCAGCUCUGGAGAAGCCCCUGCUGAAGUUUGUGUCUGACCAUGGUCUCGAAGGAUAUAACGGUGUUUGCCAGCGUAAACUCCUGAUGUCAAUGAAGCGGAUGGAAAGUGAUCCAGAAGUGUCCCGUAGCUUUCCUCCCACCCAGCUGGAGUGGACUGCCAAUCAGAGGAAAGGCAAGAUGGUGUUGGAUGUUUACACCUACAAAGAGGAGAGGCUUUCAGCCGAAAUGGAGUCCUGGACAACAGGAGAGCAAUAUGCAGGCUGGAUCCUGAGUUCAAGGGGCCUGGAUACAGUACCUCGCGGCUGGUCUGUGUCUAUGUUCACUGGCAAGGCGUGGCAGGAUUUGCCAGGUUGUGACUUUGUGCUGGAUCUCAUUGGAGAAAUAGAGGAAGGCAACUGGCCCUCUGAAUCCUCCCCUGACUAUCCUAUAACCCCAGAGUGGGAUGAGAGCUAUUCCCAUCAGAGCUCUUCAGAUAGGAUGCGCUUGGACAUUCCCCCUGCUCCAGGCAUUCGGGCACCAUCCUUCCCCCCACCCUCCCUGCCUCCAAACUUUGACAACAUCGCCCAUCCAGGUGAGUCCCAGUCCCAGGGCAGCGAUGGACCUAAAUUCAAAGGCAGCUGGACAGCACCAAGGAGUCAUGGGGAAGCACAAAUGGUGCUAGAGAGUAGGGAGGAGCUUGGCCUGAUUUGUUUACAUCGCCCAACAGAGUCGAGCCCCAGAGGUAGCUCAAGAUCUGCUGAAGGGCUGGAUCACUUUGUGGACGGUCUCUUCAUGCCUCUGCUGCAUCAUGGGACCAGGAGUCAGACGCCAGAUAUGGAGAGUGAAGGGAAUCUGACCGGACGCAUGAAAGGAGGUGGGAAAAUUGGGCCCACUCACCAUGGAGCCUACUCAGGCUAUUCCGGAAUGAUGAGCAUGCCGUCUUACCAACCUAUGCCCGUCAUGGGCGGAAUGAUGCCUGCCACCAUGCCGAUGAUGCCAGCGCUUGGUGGAAUGGGAACAAUGCCAGCUAUGGCUAUGCCUCAGCCUCAGCCCAUUAUGCCAUCAGUGGAUCCAAACCAGAUAGCUGCACAGCAACAAGCCUUCAUCAACCAGCAGGCCUUGCUCAUGGCUCAGCAGAUGACCCUUCAAGCCAUGACAAUCUCCCAGCAGCAGCAGCAGCAGCAAAAGGAGCAACAGCGCCAGCAAAAAGACAGGUCUCCUGAGUUUUCAAGGCCAAGACAAACAUCACCACAGAGGAGGCCACUUGAAAUUUCAAGGCCAAGUCGAGCAUCAGAACAGGAGCGAUCGCCUGAAUCUUCAAGGCUGAGGCGAGUGUCACCACGGGAACGGUCACCAGAAUCUUCAAGGCCGAGGCGUGCGUCUCCUCCUCCACAUCUGCCAGCUCCAGCUGCUAAACCCAAGAGCCUCAAAAGUGCCACCAACCAAGAUGCAUCAGUGCCUGACCUACAAGAAUCUCCUUCUCCGCCACCAGCACCGAUCCCCCUCCUCCACGGAAACCAGUCCUCAGACAUCAGAGAGGACCCCAUCUCUCGAGAGUCGUUCCAGAAGAAAGUUGAGUUCUUCCAAAAAAUGGGGCAGCAGAAAAGUCAUGUGAAGAAAGCAACUCCUCCUCCAAAGAGGUGGACACCUCCAAGUAAACCAUCAGAAGAGCAAGAGACUAGCUCACAACCAAAUUCAGGUUCGCCACACUCUCCACAAACAGAAAAUGACCAACAUUCUCAACCAACCCAGGAGAUACGGAGCAUCAUCAAAACUCACAAGGCUCAGCCUGUCCCACCACCAAAACCCAUCAUCCCACUUAGAAACGUCUCUAAACCUUUCGUGAAGAAGAAUGACCCAAAGGAGGAAGCUCUGGCAAAGCUGGGGAUUGUGGGACACUCACAGCUGUCCUCUGCAUCACCGGAGAGGAGCCCCCAAGCAUCUCCUCCUCCACUGCCACCACCUGGCAAGUUGUCCAGCUCCAUCAAAGAAAAGCAGCUGCCCCUCAUGAACCUAUUUGCUCGGCCGCCACCAACCUCCCCUCCUAACCCAGUGGUUCCUCCUCCCCCCCUGCAACCUCCACCACCCCUUCCUUCGGACGAUGCUCCAGAAGAAACUGGCAUGAGAGACUCAGCUCAGACAGUGGUGGACGAUGGUGGGAUCAGAACCCAGCUCAUAGGACACUCUGCUAGUGUUACUUUCUCCUAUGCCAACCCUACUUGGAAACUCUUCCUGCGCAAAGAGGUUUUUUACCCCAAGGAAAACUUCAGUCAUCCUUAUUGCUUAAAUUUGUUAUGUGACCAGAUCAUGACAGACACUUAUUCGGAGUCCUGCAUUCAGAUCUCCAAAGAGGAGAAGCGUAAGAUGAAAGACCUGUUGGUGGAGUUCCAGGUGGGCAUGGAUGCCAGCUCCAUUCUAGAUGAUGGGAUAAAGAAAAGGAUUGUGGUAGCUGCUCGUGAUAACUGGGCCAACUAUUUCUCUCGCCUUUUCCCAGUUAAGGGAGAAAACGGGAGUGAUGUUCAGAUUCUGGGCGUUUCUCACCGGGGACUCAAGCUGCUGAAGAGAGCAAAACCAGCCGGCUUCAAUGCUGAGCAGCUGAAAACCCUUUGCAGCUACAGUUAUUCAGAAGUGCUGUCCUUGGAGCUGAUGGACCGCAGUACCCUUCAGUUCUCUCUGAAGGAUGAGCAGCUCAUUCUUCACUCUCGAAAGGCUCGGCAGAUUAAGACCAUGGUGGAACUCUUCCUGCUUGAACUGAAAAAGGACUCCAACUUCGUCAUAGCUUUGCGCAGCUAUGUAACAGAUGACAAGAGCCUCUUGAGCUUCAAGAAGGGCGACUUCAUCCAACUACUGCGCAUGGAGGGACUGGAGCCAGGCUGGCAGUUUGGCUCCGUCGGUGGCCGCUCCGGCCUUUUCCCUUCCAGCAUGGUGCAGCCGGUGGCAGCUCCCACUUACCACAGUCUCCAUCCAAACCGUACAAACCGCCAGGAAGCUGCCAGGAAGAGCCUAAGGAGAGAAACACAGCUGGAGAGAACUAUUAGCAAGGAGAACUUGACCCCCAGCCUGGAGUCAGAAGUCAAUAGUACAACAGCCAGCACUCCUCCUUGCAACUAUACUAUGAUGGAGUUUGCCGCAACACACUUCCAGGAAGCCCAAUCCGCGCUGGGAUGGAAGGGGAUGAGUGCUGAACAGAAGGACCCAGCUCUCAUGGUUCAGCAUACCAAGGAACCAAUUAAAGAAUCACUCCUGUUCUACUCUGAUGGCAAGAUGAAUGACCUGGCUACGAAAAGUUUUUUGACCCUGAUGAGAUUCAUGGGAGACCAGCCAGGCCUCAAGAGCAAAGAUGAGGUUGAUUAUGUCUAUGAAAUCCUCCAGCUGUGCAAAGAGAAGGAGAAUCUGUGUGACGAGGUUUACUGCCAGGUCAUCAAGCAGAUCACGCGGAACCCCAGUCAAGACAGCUGCCACCGUGGCUGGAGGCUCCUGGGCCUCUUGACUGGAUACUUCCUCCCUUCCAGCAUCUUGAUGCCAUAUGCCACCAAGUAUUUGCAGCAGGCCAGCUCUGACCCCAGUUCCAGCACAGUUGCAGAAAUAGCCAGGAUUUGCCAGAGCAACCUGAGGAAAAUGGUUAUGUAUGGAGGCCGUCGACACUUGCCAUUCCGUGUGGAGAUUGAAGCGCUUCUGAAGGGACGUGGCUCACGUCAUAUAUCAGUCAACCUACCUGGAGGUAUGAGAUACAACACGAAAAUCAAGACAUUCACGGUUGCUGCAGACAUCAUGAAAGAAAUCGCUGAGCAGAUGGGGGUCACUGAGCCCGAAGAGAUUCAGGAAUUUGCCAUCCUGGCCAACAAAGAUAACGGUAAGUUUGUACGCCCCUUGCGCCAGACUGAGUACAUCCAUGAUUAUUUGCUUGAGGGAAGUUCGGUAGAGCUGGAGUUCUGCAGGAUCACCUGGAGGGCACCCUUGCACUUUGAGAAUGACCUGUAUAUUAACCUUCACUUCAACCAGGUGCUGCAGAAUUAUAUGAAAGGGAAGCUGCUGCCGCCACUCACCAGGGAGCUAGAGAAGGUGGUGUGCGCCUUGGCUCUCCUCCAGCACUGGGCCAAGGGAGCUGGAUCAAUCCCUUCCAUAGAGGAACUAGUAAGUUACAUCCCUGAUCACGUUGCACGCCUCAUCAACCCAGUCAUUGUUCAAAGUUCUGUCACCAAUCAGCUGAAAACCACGAACCAACUUAAGCAACAGGAGGCAAAAAUCAGUUUCAUUGAGUGCGUGAUCCAGCUGCCGCUUUUUGGCUACAACGUUUACACUGUGGAGAAGAUCAGCACACUUGGGAUCCCUACACCUUGCUUUGUAGGAGUGAAUCGUGAACAGAUCAUUGUAGUGAAUGAGAAGACCCAGAACCUUCAUGGCCUCAUUCCACUGGCGACGAUACAAAGGAUGCGGACAUUGCGCCCCCUGAAUGAAUCUGGGCUUCCUGGCCUGGAAAUUAACUACGGCUCAGCAGCAGAUCCUGAAACGAUUUGGUUUGAAUUGAAGCAGGCUAAAGCAUUGUACCACACGAUUGCCAUCAUCCUAGAAGAAACCGAAUCUGAGGCUUAGUGGCAGAAGUGCCUUUUUUGAACUCUGAAAUCAUAAAGCUUUGUGCAAAUUCUGUUCAUCGCAAGCAUCUGAAGUAAGCACUGUUACCUUGGUUCUUGCUCUGCCUCCUUUAGCCAACCUCACUGCAGAUUUCCCCUCUAAUCUUUAUUCAGAUGCUUUUUUAAAAAACACACACGUUAAACCUUUCAGUUACUAGAGAUCAAAACUGGCUUAACAGAUCUAGACAUGCUUAUUACAUGUAAUGAAGUUCAAGGAAGGACACAGGUAUUUAUAGUUUGUUUUGCUAAAAGCAGAUCCAGGUUUACCAAAGCAUUGCUGACUUUCACUGUCGCUGACAAACUUACACUAUCUAGAUGUUCAGGUAUUAUUAAAGCACUGGCAUUCUGCCUUUACUGUC